AUGUAAAAUCAUGAACUCUAUUUAAUAUUGGACAUAAACUCCAAGUUCUUGAAACCUUUAAAUGAUAAUUUUAUAGCAAUUUUGAAGUGUAUAAAGACUACUUGAGGAUUAUAAUUGUAUACAGAUUUCCAUAAUUAUUUUACAAUCUAUGCCAUUGAUACAUAUGAUAUUUAUUAAUUGUAUAGAAAUGGUGAAAAUUGUGGUUUUGAAUAUAAUGAGGAAUUUAGAUAAAUUUUAAAUAGAUUGAAUGAUUUAAUUUCAAAGAAAGGAGUAGAUGAUGUUUGGGAAUUCAAAAUAAUAAAAUGUUUAAGUUAAAUAAUGUGUCAAAUCAAUAAGGAUAAAUAAAAUUUUAAGGAGUCUAAAAUUACAUUCAUGACUUCUCAAUUUUUUCAAUUAGGAUAAGAAUCUUAUAAUUAUUAUUUGAAAUUGUGUUCUUAUGAAAGUAAAGAAAAAUUCGCUUAGAUUUAUUACAAAUUGAUAUAUAAGCUAAUAGUGAUUAUAAGUAAGAGGCUUUAGGGAUUGAAUGGUUUGAAAUUAGGUGUUCAAUUGACAGUAGGGAUUGUCCAUAGAGUAGAAUAGGAUAAACACUUUAAUAAAAUUUUAGCUUAAAUUUUGGUAAAUACUUUAAUUGAUAUAAUUAUCAUCAUUCAAUCCAGGAGAUUGUAAUGGAUUCUAUUAAGCAAAAUUAAAUGA